UCCGGUUACAGCUAGACCCAGUAAACCCGUCCAGCCUGUGAUGCCCACAACAGACGACAGAGCGCAACAGACAGCAGACUCCAUGCCAAAUGUAUCUGCGCCAUCUCUACCACCAAUGUUAUCAACAGUACAAUCUGUACCAUCCACUAUUCCCAUAGCUACUAUCCAGCCAAUGCCUAAAUCUUCAGAACCACUGAAACCACCGGAUGACACAACAUCAUUUCCUGAAAAACCAACCUUUGUACCACCCAAAUCAAUAUCCCAGUCACCGAAGAUAUCACCAUCAUCAAUUCCUAACCCGAGUCCAAGUGCGACCACAACCAAACCAGUACAAUUAGGCUAUGCCAACUAUGGUUGCUACAUGUAUUCAGUGCCGGUGUAUUCGGCAUUUCAACCCGUUUCAUAUCCAGUUCUUGUUCAGCCAAACAAUAAUAAUAAACCAGUAACUGAUCAACCAACAGCGACAGAAGUUGUUUAUCCCCAAACGAGAGACGGUACACUUUCAGCGGAAGGGAAAGUGGAAGAAAAGUUUCCAGAAACAAUUCCUGGCGAAACAAAAUCUCAAACUGACUUUGAAGAAAAUUUUACUCCAAAAGUAAUACCUGCAAAGAUAGAAACAAAGAUUCCUGAAGGUAUUAAAAGUAAAAUAGAUAGUGUUAAUGACAAUUUAAAUAGUCCUGGUCCAAUUUCAUCUCCGAUGUUUAAAGAUCCAAAUAAAAAGCCCACAUCAGAAAGGUUUAGUCUAAAAACCAGCAUCCCAAUCAGUAAGAUAGAUAUGAAGUGUGUAACCAAUACUUCUGACAGUUUGCAAUCUUCUCAACUAAAGAAACCUUUCAACCCAGCUUUCCAUAACUCAAAAGUAGAGGCACCAAAAAUCGAAAUACAAAGUAACGUGCUAAUAAACGAAAAAAAGUUAAAAGAUGUUCCAGGUUCGACUAAUAGUAUAAGUACCCUGAUAACAGCCGCUGAAGUAAUAAAUCAGGCUGAAACUCAGUUUCGCAAGCCUGAUGUGAAAACAGACGAGGAACAAAAUAAAGAUGUAUGCAAAACAAGUAUGCUACCUCCCAAUAUAAUACCAUCACGCACAAUAUUUAAUCCGAUAAAUUUAGACUCAAUAACUCCUAAAUUUACAUCACCAUCGCAAGAGAGAACAAACGAUCAAAAAUCAAACCAACUUUUACUGAUACAAAAUAAAAAUUCUUCAAAUCAGAAAAUGCUACUUGCCAUUCAACAACAAUCCCCUCAGUUGCCACUUCAAAGAUCUGGAGUCGACCAAAAAAACUUACAAACUCCUUCACGACAAUCUAGCCAAGCAAAAAAAUGUAAAGAAGAAUUGGAUAAUGAAAAUGAAACAUCGUCCAAAGUAGUUUCCUUGAAAAGGAUGCACCAAGACGACUGUGAUGAGAAUGAUUUUGAAAAUCUAAUAACGGAAAAUCAAAUUUAUGGGAAUAAGAUAGUCGUGAAGGAGAAGUCGCAAGGAACCUUACAGGAGCAAGAAAUUAAAAACAAAAACAAAGUAGACAAAGCGGUUCUACCAACUUCGAAAAACAUAGUAUUACAAUCUAAUUUUGUAUAUUUAAGCAAUGUUCAGUUUCCGGCAAAUGUUAUGAUGAUUAAAAAUAACAAAGUAAAUAAUGAGACCAUAAAACCCUCAGUUAACGAAAUUAAACCUAAUGCAGAUAUAAGUAAAAUUAAUAACAAUAUCGAAUCUGUGGAUAAUACUUCAAUUACUAAGACGACGCAGGAAAAUAAAGAGAUUCCAAUUCUUAGAAAUAACAACUUAAAUCAAAAAUUACCAAGUAAAAACAGUAACACUGAUAUAGUCAUACCAAAUUCAAAAGUUAUAAUGAAUCCACAAAUAGUUUAUCAAGUCCCAAUGAUAAUAGAAAGAGAUAAUCAAUUAAAUCAAAACAUAAUCGGGCGAGAUGGAACCAAAUUUGUAGAAAGCAAAAACGAGGCCCAAAAAAUUGAAAAGAACAGACCCAAUGAUAAAGUUUUCAUAGCUUGUCAAAUGGAUUCUAAAUUACAACCAAAACUAUUAAUAACGAAUAUAAGAGCUAAGUUAAAUGCAACAGAAGAAGUAAGCUCACUCGAUCUCUAUGAAAAAAGAAAAAGAUUGAGGAGAUUAAAGCAUUUAACUAACCGCGAUAGUAAAGAACCUAAAAAAAAUCUUAUACCAUCAGAAGAAGUUGAAAACCACAUUAUAACACCUGAAAAAAUUAUAGAUGAAAUCUCUAACGAAUUUUAUAACAAGAAAUCAGAUAGAGAUGAUAUAGAAAGUGGGAGUGAGUAUGAAGAUGACAAUAUUAUCAAUUAUGAAAACAUUAUUAAGGAUUUCAGUUCAAUAACCAAGAACAAUUGUCACGAUAAAAAACUAUUUCUCGAAAAUUUCCGAUUAACAACGUUUCAAGAUUACAAAGAACGAGAAAUGGAUCGACAGGAGAGGUCUAUUAAAAAAGAUGCGAUUGCGUCGGCAUAUAUAACUGCCGGUCGAAUAGACUGCCUUACGGCAGAAAAUAAUUGUUACGAGCGCAAAAGGGAGGAAUCAAAUGACCAUACAGUCCCUAAAUUUUUAGAAGAAUCCGGUGUGAUUCAACAAAGAAAACAAACUUUUCUAUCGCGACUGAAGCUUACUCCAGUUACUAAAAAAACGAGAGACGGUUAUGAGAAAAUAUGGCAAGAAGUUUUAAAAGAAAGAAAACGUCGGGAAAAGCCAUCAGAAAAUUCCCAAACGAAACAACGAAGACUUGAAGGUGAUAAUCUUAAUUUAGGCACAAGCGACCAAUUAAAACUUCUCCAUGAAAUAAAAAAUCAAGUCAACGAAAACAAUAAUUUAAUUAAAAAAAGGCUAGACUUUCACACCGAAACCGGCGACAGCAUCAAAAUAUUGGCUGAGAAGAAUUUCUCUGAACUGAAUCGACUGUCCAAAAUGGCCGAUAUAAGUGUGAAGAUUUUUAGUCGACAAGAUACAAGGAAACGUGAUUUAACACCAGGCUUUGACAGUGAAAAUAUCCAAGUAACUAAACCGGUAGCCAAUUAUACACCAAUCAAGGUACCAAAUAUAUAUAAAACUCGUGUCUCUGAAACCAUAACUAACACGGAGGAAACAAAACCGCAAGAGAUGAUGGACGAUGGAGAAAAAUUCAGGGACGCCAGUUGUCAAGUCUCAAACAACUACUGGCCCGGCGUGGAAACUUUUAUUAAAAGCUAUAAAGAGUAUGACGCAGCUCGCAAGAAAGAAAUAUUGGAUCUCAAUCGUAACAACACAACACUUCGUGUCGGGAGUGCGUACGUGACUAGGAACGCGUCCCGAGACUCCGACAGAGCCAAGGCUCUAGUCGCUGAAAGGAAACAUUUGGCAAAAGAGGAGACCGCUGUAAGGAAGUCCAUAAAGAAAUUGUACAGCGCUUUAGAAACUAUAAGAAGUCACAUUAAAUCUUAAUCGCAGUAAGAAUUGUAAUUGCGUUGAUUCAUAAUUUAGGCUUUUACCAAAGAGUUGAGACAGUUAUACUUAAAAUACCUAUUACCAAUAUAGAUUGUUAAUAUACACUAGCAAGUGGAAAAAAAAAUCAUAUCAACUCAUGGGCAUCAGCUAAAUAUUGAGUAUAUUAAACUGAUACCUUUUUAAGUUUACAAUACUGUUAUGAUAACAAGUGUAAUAAGAGGAAAAAAGGAAUGCUAUCCAUAUUUCAAUACAAAUUGUCAUAAAUAAUAUAAGAAAUAUAGAACUUAUUAAAGUAUAUUUUUGCAAAGUAGAACUAACGCGAUGUAAGAAUAAUUUUAUUUAUUAUUUUUAAAUA